AUGAUGGCUUUCGAAACUCAUACAUCAAGAGAAGACGGCCAAAAGCUCUCGCAACGUCGCCAGAAACGAGCUCAAGUAGCUCGGGCAUGCGACGGAUGUCGACUCCGCCGCACGAAAUGCGACAACCAAACCCCUUGCUCAAACUGCGCGACGAGAGAACAGCUUUGCAGCAAUAGUGGUGCACUGAAAGCGUCGACCCUCGCACAGGCCACAGAGGAGAUUGAAACACUCAGACGAAGAGUCAAGCAGCUAGAAGGAGAGUUGAACCAAAGACCUAAAGAUCAGCAUAAUCUCCCAACACCGGGAGAGUCUUCCCUUUCCGCCCGAGGUUUCAGUCCAAGGCACGACAGCGAUGAUCGGGUCAAACAGUAUUGGCAAGGAAUACAGCUUCGCCCUGCCCGUUCCUCCAAUGAAAUCUGGCUGGGGCCAUCGUCGCUUCAGUUCUUUAUUCAACGACUGGGCACAUUUUUAACGCUCAACCUCCAACAAGCACAUUCCACACAGCGCCUACUUCCCAUUUCAGCGAGCGAUAAUCAGCUGCUCAACAGGCCAACGGCAAGGUCUCAUGAAAACUCAGCCAGGCGGUGGUCCAUCGGAGAGCCUCCCACAGAAGGCGUCUACCUGAAUCCAAUACAGGAAGAAUACUUCAUCAAUCUAUUCUGGCAAACCUUCCACACUGCCCUUUUCCCAAUCGUGGACGAGUCUCAAUUUAAAGAACACUACCAGUCCCUUUGGACAGGCGGCAAGGAAAGGGCGCCUUCUGCCCUCGUCGACAUUAUAAUUGCCAUGUGCAUGCAAUACGGCAUCUCAGCUCUGCCCGCAGACGCACAAGGUCUUCUAGUAGAAGGGCAAGAUGCUCUUGUCGCCGGCCGAUGGCAUUACUGGCGUGGACAAACUCUUCUCUCAUACGAACUCGAAAGCCCAUCCCUGUCAACGUUACAAUGCCAUCUACUUUGCGCCGCAUAUCUAUGCGGCGGCUCUUUCCACAACAUGAUGGACAACGCGGUCAGCACUGCUGUGCGUACCGCAUACAUGCUCGGAAUGCACCUAGAUCCCCCAUCUAAUAUGUCGAGGCGAGAACGCGGAAUCCGAAGCAGACUGUGGUGGGCGGUCUAUAUAAUGGAUUUCAAGGUGGGUAUCAAACUCGGUCGCCCUUUCAUGCUACGUGACUCUCAUUCUAUGCCAUGUCUACCGGACGAUAGUCUUGAUGCUGCGAGGACAUCAGGGUCGAUGUUCGCUCCUAUCGGUGACAAUGCGACAUGGCUGAGUUUCAACUUGCAUCAAAUCAAACUUUACAUAAAGGCACGAGCCGCCUUCACUUCCUACUACGACCAAGAUCUCCCCCUGUCGACCGGCGAGACUGUAUGGGAUGACUCAAGUGUUUUGGAAGCUAGCGCGGAGGUCUUAGCCCAGCACGUCCGAAGUCUUCAGGAUUGGGUCAAAGGCGUUCCCGACGCCCUGAAGCUGAAUCGCCAGAAUAACGGCACGCCCCUCUCCACGGAUGGCACAAGCCUGUUGAUUGAGGGGUUCUUACCCCUUUGGCUCCAGCGCCAACGGGUCCUUCUCGAACUUACGUAUCACCAUCUCAGCGUCAACUUAUAUCGGCCCAUGAUCUCGUUCGGCUCAAAACCACAGCCAGGGUCCGUGGCAGAAGAUAUUGCGAUGCGAUGCGCAUCUCAUGCCAUAAUGAUAUCCAAAAUCACCCAACAAGUCCUUAUGGAGAGCUCUAUUCUGGACGGAUGGCACGAGGCUUUCCAUUCUCAGUGGAAUGCCGCAAUGUCACUCAUAGGUUUCAUUGUUGUCUACCCACACGCUUCAUUGACUGGCGAAGCUAGAGCGGCCGUGGACCUGGCAAUAACUGUGUUCGAUGGUCUCGGGACUAGAUUUGCGGUUGCUGCAGAUGCGGCUAAGAUCACGCGAGAGCUUGGCGUCAAGGUCGACUUUUUGGUUAACCGCAGCAGGCUUCGACUUGAUUCUUUGGACUUUGGAAUGGGCUCUGACGAUGCUUCUAUCCAAUUACCUGGGGAAGUCACGUCUAAUGUUUUUGCGUCGGCUCCGGAUGAAAGAUCAAAUGCAUUCAACGCUGAGAUGAUUCCUGGCUUCGGGUCAGAGUUCUUUGAUAUGGCUGUUGAUAUUGACUUUUGGAAUGAUCCUGGCACACUUUGGCCGGAGUUUGAUGAUUUGGUUGCUCAUCAGGGCGGGUUUUAA